AUGGAUUACGCCAGAAAAUUCGGAAAUCAAAAAACAUCUUCGCCUUAUUUAAAAAAUAAAUACAAAAUUUCCACAAAUUACAAACAAUCAACAACACUCACCGAACCUCGUUUAAUAGAAGACAAAAAAUUGUCCAAUUGGAAAAAAUGGUUAAAAAUAAGAAAAAAAGAUGAAGAAAAUUAUAAAAAACGAUUAAACAGAAAUGAACUCCUCUUAAAUUCAGGUGAUAAUUACAGAUCAAUACUCGAAACUAGAGAACUAAUUGAACUCGCAAAAGAUCCACUAAUAAAUUAUGCUUAUCAGACAAAACAAGAUUUUGAUCUCAAUUUUUUUAUCACACCCGAAAUACUCUCGAAUCAUGGAAAUAAUCAUUUACCAACAAUAAUUGUUCCCAAUAGUAGAAAAUUGAAAUUAAACAAUUUUUCAUCCAUCGCCACACCGGAUUUAAUUCUACGCGAAAAGGGUUUAACGAAACGAGAUGAAUUUAAAAAAAGAAAGAGAAGAAUAAAUAUAAUUAAGAAGGUACCAGUGAUAACGAUAACAAAUGACAAUGAAACUGAGAAUGAAACCAGUGAAUUGUAUAUUAAUCCAGAUGCAAUGAUUGCGGCAUUGAGAAUUGAAAAUGAGAACAUUGGGAAAAGAUUAAAUUCAAUAAUUGAAUUAGAAAACAAUCAUUUCCAUUGUUGGGAUAUUAAAUUCAAUUGUAGAAUUAAUGAAAAAGGGGAGAAAUUUAUUGUUUUUGAAAAUAAGGGAAAUAUAAAAAUAACAUAUUACUGGAGAGAAAUUUUUCUUGAUUCGACAAAUUUACCAUUAUUAUUAUUGGAGAGAAGAAAAAAAUCGAGUUCUUUCUUUUUUAAUAAAAAUCAUGGUAUUAUUUUGCCUGGGCAAAUUUUGAAUUUUCCCAUUUGGUUCAAAAGUGGAGAAUCGGGAAUAAAAAGGGAAAAUUGGAGAUUCGUGACCGAUCCUUUAUUGUCUAGUGAAAAUAUUAUUUUUCGUUUCUGGGGAUUCACUCGAGAAGACGAGGAAAAUGGGUCCAAAAAUAAAGUUCAACAAAUUGAAAAUUAUCUGAAUAAUAAACUGAGAGAUUCGGCAAUUAAAGAAAUUCUCGACGAAAUAGUAAACGACGCCCUAAUAUUUCAACCACCAGAACCAUUUUAUAAACAACUAUUUCUCGAAUCUGACAUAUUCACAACAAAAAAUCCAUCCUACUUUUACAAUUCAAUUCUAAUAAAUGAGUUUCGUGAAAUUUACAAUAAAAUUUUUAAUAAUUCCAACUGGAAUCUCUCUAUUCACGAUCUACGUAAUAUUCUCCUGGAAAUUGAAGAUUCAGAAUUUCAACACGACAAUAAUUUAUCUCAUUUUGUCAAUCUCUGUAAAGCAGCAUCAGAACCAAUUUCCAUUUACUUAAGAACAGAAAAUAGUGAAAAAUACGAGAAAAUUUACAAUUUACUAUGUUCAUUUGUUAAUAAAUUUGAAAAUGAAGAAAAUAAACGUAAGAGGGAUCAAAUGGCAUUAGAGCAGUCAAAGGAGGAGACUUGGAAAACGAAAAAAUUGGUUAUUUCAAAAUCGAGAGAUAUUAUUUUGUACGAGGAAAUAUUUUAUUUGAGGAUUUAUGAAAUUCUCCAAGAGACAAUCAGUAAAGCGUGUGCUAUUAUUGAUUCUUUUAUAAGACUACAUGAAUCAGAAAACUAG